UCCUUGACCCAUCUUUCCAGAACCUUAGAAUAUCAGAGUUGGAAAGAAUUCAUAAUCUAUCUAGUUCAACAGGAAUCCCUUCUACAAAGUUUGGAAGUCUUCCAGUGGAGGGAAACCAUCUUGAGGUCUUGAGAAAGCCCCUUUCACUCUUACACAGCUGUAAUUCUUAGGAACUUUCCCUCCUGCUCCCUAACUUGGAGUCCUCUGUGGAUAAGCUGACCAAGUCUAACCCUUCUACCAUAUGAAGGCCCUUCAGAUUUUUGAAGACAGCUAUCUUGUUCCGCCUAAAUCAUCUCUUCAAUCAGUUCUUGUAUCACCAUACUGAUUACUCUCCUUCCUAAAAAGUGGCUUCCAGAACCGAGUACAACAGUUCAAAUAUGAAGGCAGUGUCCCCGGCUCUAGAAGGUCCAGAUGCGAGAUGGUGACCCGGGAUCGAGCAGAAAACAGGGAUAGUCCCAAGAUGCUGAAACCACUGGUGGAGAAGCGGCGCCGGGAUCGUAUCAAUCGGAGCCUAGAGGAGCUUAGGCUGCUGUUGCUGGAGAGGACCCGGGACCAGAACCUCCGGAACCCGAAAGUGGAGAAAGCUGAGAUCCUGGAGUUCGCCGUAGGCUACUUGAGGGACCGGAGCCGGGCCGAGCCCCCGGGUACAACGGGCGCCCCCCGGUCCCCCACCCAGGACUCCGAGGCGCUGACCAGCUGCUACCUGUCCGGUUUCCGCGAGUGCCUCCUCCGUCUGGCAGCCUACGUCCAUGAAGCCAACCCGGCAUCCCGAGCCCAGCUCCUGUCCACCCUCCACAGCUACCUCCGGCCCAAGCUGAGCCGGCCCGAGCCCGGCACUGGGGAGCCCCGCUGCCCGCCUCCUCGCCCCACGCUGGACCCCGCCGCCCUGCCGCCAGGCUCGAUGCCUACCCCUGCCCACCGUCACCCCCUCCUGCCCCCCAGCAGCCCCCGCCCCGCCUGGUCCCAGACGCUCAGCACAACCUGGCCGAGGAACCUGGGCGAACGGGCGCCCCACACAGGACUCCGCCCUCCACAGAGACAAGAGAGGGCGCCGCCGGGGGGCAAGUCCCCGCCUGCUCCACCGCCCGCCUUCUGGAGACCUUGGCCUUGAGCUCUUUGGGGAGGGGGGCCGGGCGCUGGGGGCCAGA